CGCAUUCAAGUGAGACGUUUUUUUUCCACACCAUGUUGUGACGUCCUCGCCAUCAACACUGAAGAGCAGUCACGGCGUGAGAGAGGUAGGCUCAAAAGAAGUUUUGAAAAGCGUUCGGCUUCAGACUCAGACGUUUAGCUGUCGGUGGCUGCUUAUCGAGCAAAAUGUUCUGUAGACGGGUUUGCCAGAGACUCGGCCCGGUGGCUCAGAGGGUCUUCACACCGACAUUUAGAAAAGCGCCGGUGCGGCACAUGGCUUUCGGGGUUCCUGGUGGUUCCACAAACAUGACAUACUUUGUUGUGUGCGGAGGAGGCCUCACUGCUGCAGUUGUCUAUGCCUACAAGACGGUCCUUGGUGAUAGUGAGCGCUAUGAGGACAGACUGGCCAACAUGGGCUCCACAGCAAAGGCUGAAGCUUCAUCAGCUGAGCCAGUGAACGCGGCUGCUGAACCCGCCCCAGUCGACGAGCCCGAGGCGCCUGUUGAAGUGAUCACAGAAUCUGUCGCUGCACCUGCAGAGCCCGUGGCGGAUAGCACGGACGAGCCCGUUGUUGAGAGCGCAACACCUGAAGAAGAUGUCGCUGUGGUCUCCGAGAUCAUUGCCACUGAGGAUGAAGCUAUGCCAAGUGCCGUGGAAGAUGCUCCACCGGUAGUGGCUGAAGCUGCUCCUAUUCUGGAAGACGCUCCACCUGUCAUGGCUGAAGCUGCUCCUACUCCUGUGGAGGUCACAGAGGAGACCCCGGCAGAGGCGCCUGCGAGUGCUGAGCCUGUGCCAGAUCUUCUUACAGCUGUCAAAAUACUGACCGGGUCCACAGUUGAAAUUGCAGCAGCUUCUGUUGGAGAGUCCAAUUUGGUGAGAGCUGCCCGUAAAAUAGAAGACGAUGGAAAGCGUUUGGACUCUGUGCUGGAAGUGAUAAAAACUGAAGCCCUUGAGGGAACCAAAGAUCUUCUUGCUGCUAAAGAAUCUUCACUUGAUACGGUUGUCGUCACGAAUGAAGAGGAACUGGACCCCGCAGAGGUGCUCAGUUGUGAUGAAGAGGCUGUUGCAGAAGUGAAAGUGUCUGCAGAAGAGACUACAGAGGCAGCCUUGUCUCCAGCGACAGAAGAAGAGGAGGAAGUGCCUUCUGAGAAAGCUGCAACUUCGGGCCCCACCGAAGACAAUGCAGGAGGGGUGGAUGCUGAAGAUCAGAAUCCAGAUCCAGUGGAGAACAACACACUUGAAGAGGCUUCACCCAAAGAAGCUGCACCAUCUGUGGAGGCAAGCAUCACUGCUGAAGCUCCAGUGGAUGAAGAGCUGCCUACAACUGAGACAUUUGGAGAGGAUGCUACAGAAGCUGAAGCUCCAGAAGAGGAGACGGUCGCUGCCUCAGAAGAAGAAGGUACCACUCAGCCUCCAGAAGCUGAGAAUGGGUCAGAAAUGGAGGCGCUCUCAGCUACUGAACCAGAGUCCAACUGCCACGACGAUUCUCUGGCACAGCUGACGAUGCCCACUGCUGAUCAGCCAUCUGAAAUCCUCGAGGAUGCUGGAGAUGAGACGAAUGAAAGCAGCGAAGCAGCAUCACCUGAAGAAACACCAAGUCCAGAGGCAGUAGUGGUGAUGAUGAGCCAGUCAUGAACUGACAGUGUGCCUUUCACAUCACUCCAACUGUCAGUCAAACCUGGGUCAGCAAGAAAAUUCAAACAAAAAUGUUUUGAUUUUUCUUAUUCAAACGUGUCCUUUUGAGUUGUAUGAAUGUCCCAUAGUCUGUCAUCAAUAUUGUAAGUUGGUGUUUGACCUGUUGGUUUAAUUUUAGUGCCGUCUUAUGUCCACUAGAUGUCACCAUUAGGAUUACCAGACAGGAGAGAAAACUUUAAAUUGGCAGUGCUAGGUUGUCAUUUUUUAUUUCUGACACAAAAUUUGUAGCAGAUCUUAGAUUUCCACUAUACCGAUAGAAUGUUUUCAAUUUUUAACUAAAUGCAUUGAUGUUCUUUUUAUAUACAA